GCUGCAAGAGAUGGCAAAAUUGAUCUUAUUGUACAAAAGCUUCGUAAAUUUGGAAGACACAAUACAAGACGUUUGAAAGCAAUAAAUAAAUGUGAUGAGCAUGACAUCACUCCUCUUCACUAUGCCAUUCGAUAUGGCCAUGUAGAUGUUGUCAAACUCUUGGUUGAGCAUGGAGCAGGUAAACCAGGAUUUCAAUUUAUGUUAAGUUGUGUGUGCUGCAGUUGUAUAUCCAAUCUACUAUAAGUUAUCUUUGAAGAAUUUUAUUUUAUUAUCUUAAAAUACUCAAUAACAGCUGUGACUGCACUGGUGCAAAGAUAAGACCUCUUUACCCAUGGUGCCAGAGUUUUUUCUUUCUUUCCUAAUUCCUGAGCUUUAUCAAACCGUGCUCAAGGGUUAUCCUAGGUAUUUCAAGAAUGGACCUGUGGAGCUAGGGUAGUCUGCAUACAUCAACUGUAGUACAAAGACCUUCAAGGAUUGUGAAAACAGCCAUUGAAAAAGUUAUUUGCAAAAUUAAAACAACAUUUUUAAGUUAAAAAACAUUGACUUGCGCAUGUCAUCCGCAGUUGAACUGAACUGUUCCUUUUAGGUUGAAUUUUUAGUUUAUAGACAAAAUAUUCUAAGCAUAACAGUGUGAACACAAGUAUGUUGAAACAUGUCUUGUAAACUUAAAAUAAUAAGAGUUUUAAUUUUAAGACUUUAAGCGACUAGUUGUCCUUUGUUUUGAGAUCUGGCUCUAAUGUAUGAUAGUAUAUUGGAAGAAAAAUAAGAUUGAAAUGUACUGUAACAAUUAUUUUAUUUGUCAUUGUUUCAAGACCAUAUAAUUUUCAAGAGUAUCAGCAACUAGUUUCUUCAUGCUUUUCUUGUUUAGACGUAGGGAUGAUUAGAAGGAAUUUUUAAAAAUACUUUUUCAGAGAUUGACAAGCAAGGGGAAGAUGGAGCUUUACCUUUGCAUUAUGCAGCAAGAUUUCGUUCAAGUGCCACUCGACAGCUUGCCAAUCGGCAAGCCUCACAAUUAGAUACUACUGAUGGUGAAGUUAGUUCUGUUGUAGCACCUCUGGCACAGGCUAUAAGCAAUAACAGUCUCACUGCAGGUCAAAAUGGAUUACAGGUUUGGAAAAAAGCUACACAGACUGUCCAACCUUUUGGGUAUGUAAAAUCGGGAUAUUUUUCAAUGACUGAUGAAUCACUCGAGCGCCGAAGGAGUGAGCCACUAGCGGGGUGUGGUGACAUGCUCUUUCAGAAAAUUUUGAAAUCUUGCUCUGAAAUGCCAUUUCUAGUGUUCUAUUUGGACAAGUUUUGUCUAAAAUAUUUGCUUCUGAAAUCGAAUGUCAUUUUCAUGGUUGUCAAUGUUCGCAUGAAUUCGGGUACCAAUACUUGAUUUUAUUUUAUUUUUUUACAGUGCAGUCUUUUAAAGGGCUGGAUAUCAGUUUUUUAGUUAACACUGUGUUAGGUGUUCUUGUUGAGUAUCAAAAGAAUUAAUCGGAUGAUAAAAUCGGGAUUUUUCCUACCCCGAUCGCACAUUGAUCGGGUUUCUGGAUUUUCCAGCAAAAUUGGGAGAAUCCCAACGAGAUCGGGAUGGUUGGACAGUCUGGCUACUGUAUAGCAUGCUGGCCUAGUUCUUUCUUCUCUAUAGGGAUCCCUGUGGCAUAUUCUAAUAACAGGCAAGCUGAAAUUAAAGGGCCUUAACCUGUAACACCUGUAAUGGCUAAGGUCACUCGUUCUGCCCAUUACAAACACCUGUUUACGGCUGAGGUCAGUCACUCAUUACAAUUCAUCAAAGUAAAAAGCCACGUUUGAAAGUGGCACUAGAAAUUUUUGUGCGAGGUUAAGGGUGAAUCUUUAGUUGCUACAUACAGCUGCUUGAAAUCUUAAUGACAGCCCUGCUGACAGGAAUGUAGCUAUUUAGAGGCAACUGUUGCCAUAAUGGGCUACCAUAUAUGGUAUAUAGGAAUGUGACAAUGUGGAGAGUAUGGUUUUCGAGCAGUUUACUCUGGGAUGGGGUAUAUAAAUAAUUAUUAGAGAGGUUUGGUCUAGAAUAGGGUAUCAUUUUCCAGGAAACUGAUCAAUGGAUGACUAGGGAAACCGGAAAUUACCACUCAAAAAUACAAAAAAAUCAAUUUGGUUUUGGCUGGACUUUGCUAGUGACUCCAAUAGUUUCUGGAGAACAGCUACUCUAGGAUAGGGGGGAUUUGGGGAGUUUAGUCUAGUAUAGGGUAGCAAGGGUAUUGUAGUAUAGGCUAAGGGUUCCAGGGUCCCAGCGGCACAUCCCUACCCAAAAAUUCCUUAAGGUACCCCUCCCUGGGCUGUUGACAAAUUUCACCAGCUGAAAGAGAGCUAACAAGCUCAAAUUGUGCUGGAAAAUGAAAACAUGGGGGUAUAAUUUUGUAGGUACAGUUGAUAGCCAGCUGCUGACUGGGAUGUAGCUAACGUAGAACCCCGCCUUAUGGUCACCUUGUUAAUAUGGUCACCUCGUUAUUGCUGCUAGUUUUUUUCGGCCUGGCAAAACGGCCAUACAUUCACUUAAAAAAAAAAAUGUUAAUAGGGUCACCCGUUAAUAUGGCCUGCGGCCAGAUUUUAAAAUCCCAGACAAUAGAAUCCCUUAUAAUUUCACCCCAUUAAAAUGACCACUGGUUCAAAAUUUUGAAAAUUAAAAUGCCUGUGACAUGUCAAUUUUAUUGACCUAAUCUAAGCUUAUUCUCGUACUGUUUUUAGACUACAGUACACUUAAAAUGCACUUGUGGCGAUUUAUAGCCAAAUUUUAAAAGAGUUUCAUGUACUGAAGGAAAAUUUUAAGACGUUUUUUCAAUUACUGUACGCGAUAUAGAUCUACAUUCUGGUCGUUGAAUAAUGAAAACAGUACAGUGAAUGUGAUGUGCAGUGUAUUCCUGGUGUAUUUGUCUUAUGGCGCUCAAGUCAUGAAAUUUGAGCCUACCCCAGCAAUAUGGCCACCCCGUUAAUAUGGCCAAAUUUUUUUGGCCCAUUAGUGACUGUAUUAAUGGGUUCCACUGUAUUUAGAGGCAACUGUUGACAAAUUUCACCAGCUGAAUGAGAGCUAACAAGCUCAAAUUGUGCUGGACAAUGAAUUAUAAACAUGGGGGUUAUUUUUUAGGUACAGUUAAGUAAAAAGCUUGCUUGACUGAUAAAUAUGUCUGCUUAGCUUUUCCCUGGCUAGUAGUUAAUUCAAAAUUAUGAAAAACAGGUAAGCACCUCUUGGUCUAUUAUGGAGGAGAGAACCUAAAUUUUUGCUAAAAGUUAAUUUUGUUUAAAGACCUAUUUUGGGUAACUUGGGGAAAUGCAGGUUCUGUGUAGUGCUAAUUCUUUACAUUUUGUUUCACUUGUAGGUUAAUGAUGCAGACGAAUCUGAAUCCUUGAUAUCAUACCUUGUUCAAUGUAAAGCAGAUGUUAAUGCAAGAGACCAUUAUCUAAUGACACCACUUCAUUAUGCAGCGUCCAAAGCAAAUCUUACUGCUGUAAAAGAGUUACUGCAGUUUGACGGAAUCAAAAUUGAUGUGAGUUGUUUUAACUAUAACAUAAAAAAUUACAGUCGAUUUCCAGUUUGAACCUUCUAGGAAAAUAGAAAAAAGUUCAAGUUAUCGGGAGUUUUGUUGGGAGUUCUAAGCAAAUGACCAGAAAUAAGGAAAUGAACAAAUGGGAUCAGAAGGAAUGCAUGUAUCAUGCACAUUUCACUUCCAGGACAGCAAGAGAUAUAUUGAUGGAUAUUUUGAAAAAGGAUUUAAGCAAGAAAGCUUUCGAACUGCAGUGUACUAUAAAUAUAUAUAUAUAUAUAUAUUUUUUUUUUUUUGACUUGUCAUAUGCUUAAUUAAACAUGGUUCAAGUUAUUGAGGGUAAAAUUAUGUAGAAAUUACCUGAAGGGAAACAAAAAUAGUUCAAGUUACCAGGGGGUUCGAGUUAUUGAGGGUUCGAGUUACCGAGGGUAAAAUUACAGUAAAUGUAUGGAGGAAAUCCAGGGGAAAUCAAUUUUGGUUCAAGUUUACAGGGGUGAGGUUAUAAUGAGGGUUCAAAUUUAUCACGACUCAACUGUAGCAUGAUCUACAAAAGACCAUUUUGUAUUACUCUUAUUAUUAUUAUCAUUUUUCAUCAUCAUCAUUAUUAUUAUUGUGAUUAUUAUUAUUAUUAUUAUUUAUAAUAGCUUGCUAGCCAAAGCUAUAAGUAUAUUAUUUAUUAAUAAUUAUUUAUGAUGAAAUUAAUUGGAUGAAAUCCUAUCGUGCGUGACCAUUCAAAUGAAACGUCUUCAACAGUACUUUUUUGUUGGUUUUCUCCCUUCACUACUCCGAGAGUUUAUUUCUCUGGGUAAUCUGGUUAUCCCCUUUCCUCAAAGACCAACACUUCCAAAUUCCAAUUCAAUCUGGAAAAUGAAAUGAGUUUAAAAGCUCCUAAAGUGCUUCGUAGGUAAACAAAUUACAAUAAUACAUUUUUUUCACGUGGUACUAUUCAUUUAGUACAUGUAUGAAGUUCUAACUUUUGUCUGUGUAUGAAAUCUUAUGGAGUUGCUAACCAUUCAAAGGAAACCUCAUCAGCGGUACUGAGGCAGCGUGGCUGAGCGAUAAGACCACUGGACUUGCAAUUCACAGGCCCUGAGUUCAAGUCCUGUCCUGACCGCUAUAGACUGCAAAACAGUCCGUAUGUAGGCGCGAGCAGUCAAACAAAAGGUCUCGAACGAGGCUGAAAACAGAGAGCGAGACCUGGGGAGAGACGCUAAAAAUACGACACGCUUUACCGAUUUCUUUACUGAUUUUGAGAAAAAAACCGACUGUUUUGCGGUCUAUGACCGCUACACUGUAGCUGGAUUUGUUCUCAGUAGUCCCGAAAAGAGUUAAAUUGUUUGUUUCAGUCACUUGCUCGGCCCCACUAGCAUAAGUGCUAUAAAUACCUGCCGAGAGUAAAUCUAAGAUAAUGAUGAUGAUGAUGAUGAUGAUUAUUAUUAUUGAGUUUGGUAUAGUACUUUUAUUGAUUCAGUAUUCAGUUGUAGUUCUAACUUUUAAUCCUACACGGGUGUGACUAUUCGAGUGAAACCCCUUCUUUUACAUAGAACAAUUUGUUUACUGUAUGCAGUUCUAACUUCAAAGUCUCCUAUAAAUAAUGUUUAUACCCUUCGAAUGAAACCUCCCGACUUUUGUAAAUAUGCUCCCAUUUUCCGGUAUCUCUAAUUUUGAAAACUGGGAGUAUAAUAUUGCCGAAGGGUUUUUUUUUUUCUGGAACUCCUAGAGCUAACUCCUAAAUCUAAUCUACAAUAAUUAAAACAGGCAGUGGACACAAGUGGCAGUACUGCUCUUCAUUGUGCCGCAACAGAUGGUGCCGUAGAAAUUGUUAAAACAUUACUAGAGGCUGGUGCAGAUGCUAGAGCCAAGGACUAUGAUAAGAUGACACCAAUACAUUUUGCGUGCACUGAUGGAAAUCUAGACACCGUGAAAACUCUGUUUGAACACGCAGAAAAAAGUUGUGAACUAUCUACCAUGCUAGAUGAGAGGAACAGAGAUGGUGAAACAGCCCUGCAUGCAGCAGUGGAGGGGGGUUAUGUUGACAUUGUACAGCUUUGUUUAGAGAAGGGUGCUAAUGUUAGGUCAAGAAGAGCAAAUCUUGCUCAUCCACUACAUAUUGCCGCCAUUAAUGGUCAUGUUGAGAUUGCCAAAUGCUUGAUGCAACACCAUGCCAAGAUCGAAGCACGGAAUGUCAACCAUGAGACCCCCCUGCAUAAAGCCGCAGCAUCUAAUAAACCUAGGAUGGUGGAACUCCUUCUUGAAAAGUAAGUCUGAAUUCAGUGAAGUAAGAGUAAUAGCGGGGCUUGAAGUUCAAGUCCAGUAGUCUAGAGAGAAGUAGAUUUUUUUGCCGGGCAAGUUACCUAGUGCAAAGCUUAUUUUUUUGCCCAAUGGGCAAGGGCCCAGUAGUUUUCAAUCCAGGCUGCUUAUUGACAUCAGAAUAUUCUUUUCUGACCAUAAAUUAAAUUAUCGUGGAGUCAUACUGAUGCAAAAAAGUUACUUCAUAUGUAAGACUUCCAAAGCAGCAGGUAAAAAUAAAAGUAAAUUUUCAAAAAAAGGUGCGCUUACUAGCCUAAAAUGAGCGCACGGAAUGAUUGUCAUUCAGUUUCAGACUACGUGCUUACGAUUAGUUUUUAUGUCAUUCAUUCCGCGCAAUUCUGAGAGAGACCUGGAGUGUACAUUUGGAUGCUCUGUUUACAUUGCUUUGCCUAUUGAGUCACGCUUCUUAGAAAGCUAACCAUAAUUCCUCCUAGCUAGCCUGCGAGAAAGCUCUCCUAUUUGGGCAAGCAAAGCGAGCCUCGCGAGAACGCGCGAGCGAGGGGCCAAGGAAAGGCAAUCAAACAACAGAAAUCAAACAACAGAAAUAUAGAUUUCUUAGCCGGCCGUAUUGUACAGUUAUUUGAUUUUAGCUCAGAUGGUUAAUUAUUGGUUGAGGCCAUAGAGCACAAACUUAAGAAAAAUAAUCCACUUCUAUUAACUUUAAUUGAAAAUGAAUAAAUAGAGACGUUAUUUCCAUGUCGGUAAGAAAUAAGAAUCUUACUCCAAUGAAAAUUUUUAUUCCCCCAUGACCCAAAAAAGAAGGAAACAAAGUAAGACAGAGAUGUUAAAUAACAUUUCUACAACAUCAAGCAUUUUUCACUGGUUUUCUGCAGAGGAGCCGACAUUGAAUGCCUUGAUAAAGACAACUACACUCCACUGCUCGUUGCUGCCAGUGAGGGACAUACAAAUGUUGUACAGCUUCUGUUGAACAGAGGAGCAAACUUAAAGGCUAAGGAUACCCAAGACAAAACUGCAAUUUUUUUAGCUGCCGAGGAAAACUGCAUUGAUACAUUAAGGGUAUGACGUGUUUAGUUUGAGACUGUACUUAUCUUUUUACUGUACCAAAUAACAUAUAGUGGACAAUCCCUUUUAUCCAAAUGGUUGGACACUUAUUAGUCAAAGAUUUUCGUUGUCAAUACAUAGUUGUACAUAAUUCCACAACAUGUGGAACCUUGAGUGACAAAUUCUUGACUUUAAGGCCGCAAGCCAGUUGUUGGCGUCACGCUAGAAGCGUAGUUAGGUUCAAGUAAGCACCUGAUUCAAGUGCACUUCGAAAUCUUAUGUCGCUCUGUAGAAAACAUGGCUUCCCACUUGUUAGCAAAGUAUAUUACUUGAAGUAAAAGCUGUCCUGGAACCGCUACACGUGCGUAUCGUGCACAUGGCUUCCAUUUCUUUUCGGUCAAGUGUGUUCUCAAGUGUGGUGUAGACCAUACUUGGAGGCGAACUUCGGCUUCUGUGAACUACAGACGUUUUUAUGGUCACCAAGUAAAUUUGAAGUAGGUACAUUUUACCCCCGUCACACUCAAAGUAGGUUCCAAGUACACUUACAUUAUACUUGAAGCUCUAGUGUGAAGCCAACAAAUGAUGGUGGAGAUACUGUAGAAUGCUGAAAAUUAUAAAAAUUUGUGAAUAUAAUAUUAAUUUCAAAAGAAUAAAAAUGUUUGGUAGUCCUUCGUAAUAAAAA